AUGUUUAUCCUUAACUGGUUCUGGGAUGUAUUGUCGCAAUUGGGCGCAAAGCUCUUGUUCCUCGGUCUCGACAAUGCCGGAAAGACAACCCUCCUUCACAUGCUGAAGAAUGAUCGUCUCGCAACCCUCCAACCUACUCUUCACCCCACAUCAGAAGAACUCGCGAUCGGGAAUGUCAAAUUCACGACGUACGAUCUCGGCGGACACAUGCAGGCUCGUCGACUGUGGCGAGACUAUUUCCCAGAGGUGGACGGGAUCGUCUUCCUUGUGGAUUCGGCGGAUCAGGAGCGGUUUGCCGAGAGCAAGGCCGAGCUCGACUCUUUGCUGUCGAUCGAAUCCCUCAGUAUGGUCCCUUUCCUCAUCCUCGGCAACAAGAUCGACGCCCCCUCGGCCGUAAGCGAGGAAGAGCUCCGACACUUUUUGGGUCUCUAUCAAACUACUGGCAAAGGAAAGAUCCCCCUUCGCGAUAUUCGGCCGAUCGAGGUGUUCAUGUGCUCGGUCGUCAUGCGCCAGGGCUACGGCGAAGGGUUCAGGUGGCUCAGUCAAUAUGUCAGUUAA